GGUACUUGCUCAGUGAUAAUUUGUUGUUGUUAAUUAUUUUAGUUCAUAGUUUAUUUUAUUACUGUAGUUCUGUGUAUAAUUAAUAUAAAAACCCAUAUAAUAUUCUAAUUUCACAACGGACUGCCGUUUAAAAAUGGAACAUAACUUUGAAAAUUAUUGUCGAAUUUGUUUAGAUGUAGAAUCCAAACAUAUUUCAAUAUACGAGGAUCCUAUUAUACAUUUACAUAUUAAAUCAUGUUUAUCCAUGACUGUGAGCCAAACUGAUAAUCUUCCGAAAGGUAUUUGUGAAUCUUGUGUAUUGCAGCUUAAUAAUUUUUAUAAUUUUCAAAUGAAUGCGCGUUGCUCGCAAGAUUGGCUCGAAUCCACUUUACAGGAUAAGCGAAAAAACACAGAAACUAAAACCUUUAUAACGCCGCUUCCCGAUUCUGAAUACAAUUCAGAUUCACUCCUUGAAUUUCUGAAUAGUACAUCUAACAUUGAGGAGUAUUUAAACAAUUUAGGUAAGGAAGAUAUACCUGUAAUAGUAAAUAUGUUAGAUAGAACGGAAGGUGAUAAAUUGGCCAAAGCAAAACUGACAAGCCCAAAAAAGAAGGAUAAGCAGAAAUCUGUAAAUAUGAAUAUUGAUGUUUUGGAUUCAGACAUAGAAAUUGUAAAAGAGUUAUUGAUGAAAGAAUUGGAACCGAAGAAGGACAAUCUUCAUUCAUGCUUUGCUUGUAAGGAAAGUCUGGAUAGCAUAGAAACUCUAUCACAACAUUUAAGUAUCUGUGAAAGUGCGAGCCGAACUUGUGUGCUUUGUAACACACUGUUUGACUCCAAACAGAAGAUGCUUCAACACCUCUUAACUCACAAUAUAACAGCCCCCUUAACCUGUACUUGUGGCAGAAAGUUUGAAGAUAAGGAAAAACUAUUAGUGCAUACAAAAUACUGUAAUAUUGAUCAUAUAGCGUCUAUGGGAUUCAUGUAUAGGUGUAAACAAUGUAAGGAAAUGUUCACAGAGCGGUUCCAGUUAUACAAACACGCAAAGAAACAUGUGUUGCAGGCUGAGCAAAGGAUGUGUGAUAUAUGUGGGCAUACAUUUGUGGGAAAUGAAGCGUUAACUAAACAUAGAAAACAGGAACAUAAUAAGCCUAAUAACUGUCAUUAUAAGUGCAAAGUGUGUAGUUUCACGACAAUAAAUCGUAAAGAAAUGUACAAGCAUGUACACAAACACACCAAUGGUAAAGACUCAAAACAUCUAUGUGAAACCUGCGGCCAAUGUUUCUCUUCCCGAGUCACUUUAUUACGACACUCAUUACUACACAGCAAUAGCAGAUGUUCUGUUUGCUCCAAGGUGUUUAAUGAUGAGAAGAAACGAGACAAACAUAUGUUGGAUCAUGCAGAACUGGUUAUGUGCGAGAAGUGCGGACAGUCUGUGAAUAGUAUUGAGCUGAAUGAACAUGGCUGCUUAUGAUUUUAAUUUCAGUAUAAUUACUGUUUAAAUACACCAAAGAAACCUAAGAAAUGAACAAGAUACAAUUUAAUGUGAAUAUGGACUAAAAAUGGCUGAUCAAUAAAUCUAUCAGAUUUUA